UUACCAACUACAUUCAAUCAUAGAAAAACAUCCUCCAUUAUUGCAAAGUUGAUUUUAUAAGCGUGCAGUACGUAUUUUACGUCUUAUAUCGCAGGUCAAAAACAAUAGUUACAUAGUCAAUCAAAACUGCAUUCCGUUUAAUUUUUGCAUUAAAAUGUCGCGUAGUGAAAGUCGCAUUUACGUUGGAAAUUUACCACCAGAUAUUCGUACGAAGGAUAUCCAAGAUCUAUUUCACAAAUUCGGUAAAGUGUCAUUUGUCGACUUGAAAAAUAGGCGUGGCCCCCCAUUUGCAUUUGUUGAGUUCGAGGAUGCCCGCGAUGCUGAGGACGCAGUCAAGGCCCGUGAUGGCUAUGAUUAUGAUGGUUAUAGGUUACGUGUAGAGUUUCCUCGCGGUGGAGGUCCAGGUAGUUUUCGAGGUAAUCGAAAUGAUCGCAGCCGCAAUGAUGGCGGUCGUGGUGGCGGCGGUGGUGGUGGUGGCGGCGGACGUGGUCCACCCACCAAACGCUCACAAUACCGUGUUUUGGUUACCGGACUACCAUCUUCGGGCUCAUGGCAAGAUUUGAAGGAUCACAUGCGAGAAGCUGGUGAUGUGUGCUUUGCAGACUCAUAUAAAGAUGGUACAGGUGUUGUUGAAUUUUUGCGUCAUGAAGACAUGAGAUAUGCCAUUAAGAAAUUGGACGACUCGCGUUUCAGAUCCCAUGAGGGUGAGGUUUCUUACAUACGUGUUCGUGAAGACGCUGGGGAUGGUGAACGUGGCGGUCGCGAAUUUCGCGAUAGAUCACGCUCGUAUUCACCACGUCCACGCCGCCGAGGCACUCCUACAUAUUCACCACUGCGGCGCUCAUAUUCCAGGUCAAGAUCUCGUUCACGUUCAAACUUUUAAAUUAAAAAACUAAUUUUUGAAAUCAUACAAACGCAACACGACAAAAUAAAAUGCAAUGAAGUAUCUGAUCGGCAA